AUUUUGGAAAACGGUUAUAAUAGUUCUUCGUAUAGUUGGCUGGAGGAAGUCGCUUCCAUUAACAGAAAACUGGGCUUUAGCCCGAUUAUCAAGUUUAAUAUUGGGAUUGACUACAAAGACACUAAUAAAUACGUACUGUAUAUGGAACCUGGUAAUUUAGUAUUCCCGAGCAAUCUCCUUUUGGACCCCUUAGAAUCCAGCAAGGAACUAAUCGCUUACAAAAAGUGGAUCUUCGAGAGCAUUAAAUUAUUAUAUCCCGCAUCAUGGAUUAUACAAAAUUUAGAUGACAAAGUUAGAAAAAUAGUCGACUUUGAACGGCGACUAGCCAAACUGAUGUCCGUGAAAUCGGGAAUGCAAAGGAACACUUUGGGUCGUUUCACAAAAAAAUUAAAAUGCGACUUUUCCAAAGCAGUCGAAGUGCUUUACCGCGGUAUGGACAGAAAAAUCGGAAAACCUGCCACCGUUGUAAUAAAAAACUUCAAAUAUAUAAAAAAUCUCGUGUUGUUUAUGAACCGCGUUAGUGGGGGUAACAUAGCCAAUUACUUAAUUUGGACCAUAGUCAAAGAAUUCUCAAGAGACACGUCUGUUCAUUUGAGGGCUCUCAACUUUUCCAUUGAUAAAGCAAUCUUGGGAAUUCCGUCCGAUCUUCCACAAGAAAUCGAGUGCACCAACAAAGCAAUGGAAUAUUUCAGCUUCGCAAUUCUACCAAAAUAUUUAGACUGGUACAUAAAAAAUGACACCGUUCGCUCCGUUAAGAUGGUAGCUGAAGCUGUUAAAUCAGAAUACGUAAGUUUACUCAAAGCAAAUACAUGGUUAAGCGAAAAAACCAGGGAGCUAGCAAUUGAUAAAAUUCAAAGCAUUCAAACAGUCAUCGGCUAUUCAGAGUGGAUGAAUAAUGGGACGGAACUGCAAAAGCUAUACAAUAAGUUAACCAUUACGGGCAAUCACUUUAAGAACAUUUUAAAACUGAAGCAACUCAUCGCUGAAAGGAACUUGCUUCUAGUAGAGACAUCCAAAAUAGUACCCUUGUGGCCUUCUAAUAUAUUUGACGUCAAUGCUUAUUACAGCAUAUUACAAAAUCUAAUCUUCAUCCCUUUGGGCAUCCUCCAAGAGCCAUUCUACUUCGAAAAUGGACCAAGAAUAUUUAGUUAUGCCGCCCUGGGCAGUCUAAUAGGACAUGAAUUAGCUCAUUCGCUGGACUCGACAGGUAGACAAGCAGAUUCAAACGGAGUCAUAAGGAUGUGGUGGCCGAAUGAAGAUAUCAUCGAAUACCAGUCGAAAAGCAAGUGUUUUGAGUCUAACGCAAAUCAAACUGAGAGUGUACUGUUAAUUGGAGAAACUAUGGCAGACAAUAUAGGCUUAGAUCUAAGCUACCAAGCUUACAAAACAUCCAGCAAUAUUGGACUAGAAGAGAUUUUGUGGAACUUUAAGAGCGACAAAAUAUUCUUUCUCAGUUACGCGCAGAUGUGGUGCCAAAUAUCUGAAAACAACUUAGAACUAUUCCCAGAUGAACAUCCUUCUGUUGAAAGACGAGUUAAUCGAGCUGUACUAAACAAUCGCCAUUUUGUCCACAUAUUUAAAUGUAGCGAAAAUCUUGAAAGAACGUUAUGUAAACUCUGGUAAUCAAUCCAAGUUUUCUUUUUAAAUACACUUUAUUUCUGCAUGAGAAUCACAAUGCGUGUGGUUUAGUGAUCCAUUUAAUUUGUCGAUAUCAAAAGGGCAUGUUUAUGAAUAGACGCUACUAUUAAUUGAUAUAUGUUGAAAGUUUGAAAAACCACCAUAAAACGGUAGUGUUAAUACUAAUAAUAAUACAUAAAUAAAAAUGUUUUCAAUCGUU